AUGGCGGCGUUUGGAAAGUUCAUCGACGCUGCUAGUACGGCUUUCAACCGUGCUAGUCAAUUUACAAACGAAAUUCGUGGCGCUGCGUCGAGAUCGAAUCACCCUGAUGAUAUAGUUGCUGAUUUUGAUACUGCUGAUAGACUGAAGAAAGUUUGUGAUAAAUUGCAGUCAGGCAUCACAGCAUGGCUUAAUCCUAAUCCGGCUGACCGGAUGCAAGACAUGGUAUUGGAAAAGUUUGAUGCCAAAAAGCAGCCAAAACUUACCUCUGCUGAGCUUUUGGGGAAACUAGAGCAAGAUCUAGCUGCUGAGUUGUUUCAAAGUUCGGCUGAUGAUAUACUCAGAGUGAUGCUUUCCCAGUAUGGACAAGUGCAAAUGGAUAUUGGGACUGCGGAGCGCUUGCUAAUAAGUGAAGUUCAAAAAGGCAUUUUGGUGACGACUAAGUACUACCUUGAUACUGUCUGGCCAAGCAUUAAUACACAGCGGCGUUCGCUAGAGCUUGCACGCUUGGAUUUUGACUCUGCUAGAAAGAAGAAAGAGUCCUGUACAUCGGACGAAAAAAUUAGACCUUUGUUGGCUGCACUGGAAGUGGCUCAAGCUAAAUACAAUGAGCAGAUUGUAGCUACUAGACAAGUCGUUUGUCAACUUAAAUCAAUCCAGGAGGGUCUUAGCGAUGGUUUGAAGGCAAUGGCAGCCGCUCAAGCACGCUACUACAGCACAUGUCAAGAGCAGUUGCGUCAACUGACCGGGAAAUUUGACAGCUCCGAUCGCCUGCAAACACGACACGAUUCCGUGAAUUGCCAUUCUGCUAUAAAUAAUGCUAUCUAA